AUGGAAUCUUUGGCAACAACCAUUCGUUUUGUCACGCUGAACUGUCGAACACUAUCGAGUGAACACAAACAAGCCACCCUGGGUAGGCUUCUGCAAUAUUUCUGUGUGCCUUUUGCUGCACUGCAGGAAACACGCAUUAGAGAUCGGCCCGUCGUCAGCAUCGAAAAUUACACCAUAUACUGCGGCGAUGCUGAUGAGAACAAACGCACGUCGGACAACGGUGACCGUCUGGUCGACUUGUGCGAACAGACGGGCUUCAUCAUCGCUUCCGCUUCCUUCCACGUUUACGAGGAAUCAUCGACGCCAUCAGCUCACGUGGCAGAGACCAGGAAGAAGCUUUGCGAAAAGCAAAUUCAGGACGCGGCAAAGAAGACGCACCCGGUUAUAGAGCCGAAAAAGAAGCUUGCCUUUGCAUCUGCGAAAACAAAAUCCACGUGCAAUUCUGUAUAUGUCGCGCGCAGCACUGGUGACUUCAACCAGGAAAAGCGUCUUAGAAGAAAGUUGCAUCGUCAACUGCAAGAAGACCACGAUAAAGACGGCAAAAUGAGAAGAUGUUCUCCUGUCCUCAACGCUGCUAAUGGAGUAGCUAUUGGUGAAGCAACGCUUCCAAUUUGGAGGGAACACUUCAAAACCUUGCUGAGCCGGCAAGCACCGUCAGCUCCUGAACUCGAGUACGUUCAUAGGCCGAAAUAUGUCGUUAACGAGGAGCCACCGAUCGAGUCGAAGGUUCUAGUAGCGCAUUCCGCAUUCCUGGACCGACUCAUUAAACAUCGUGAAGAAACGACGCGCGACGAGCAAGCUGGCUUUCGUCCUGGCCGAUCUACGAUUGACCAGGUGUUCAUCGUCAGGAGAAAUCUGGCAGCGGUAUUCAAAGCCAAUGCAGUGGUAAUUGGAGUAAGACAAGGGGCAAUGGCAGGACCCUUCCUGUUCACUUUCGCCACUGACGACAUUAUGCGAAGAACAGUCGACCAGUGUCCUGCCGACAUUGUCUUAGCACCAUGA